CAUCUCCGUCGCGGGCGUCAGCGGCAGCGCAUCUCGCGGCUUCACGCGUUCGUUUACGCCGCAGCAGCAGAGCAGCAGAAGCACAGACGGAUCCGCGGCGAGACAUGUGUGUGUGUGUGACCCGGCUCACUUCCCCUUCAUGCCCGUGUGUGCUGGCGCUGUGGGCGGCGGAGUGAAGCGCUCGAGGCUCCUGGCAUGGGCAGCGUAGGGAGCGGGGCCUCCAGUCAGCGGCCGAUCACAAUGCGUAGCGUGGGCACCCGCACCACCCCCAAUGGCCCACUGGUGGCCGCACUGCCUCCCGCCUCGACCCGCCGGCGCCUCGAUGACCGAAGCUUCAGCGCCGAGCGCAUCCCCGGCCCCAGCACCAAAACCAAGGGCGUCUCCGCCGACGAGCACAGCUACAACGCCGAGAGGGAUUUCCACGCUAACGCUCGCAACCACGCCAACGCCGAGCGCGCCCCGGCACACAACGCCAACCGCCAGCAGACGCUCAACGGAGAGAGGCUGGUGUCCAACGUGGUGUUUGCCAACGGGGCGCGGCGGGAAGGACACAGGCGCGGAGAGAGUCUGGACCUGUGCGGGAACAACAUCGUGCUGAACAACGACAAGAACGGCAGCCAUCAAGCUCCACCGCAGCCGCCGCCGCCGCCACACAAGGACAAGAGCAAAGCCAAACCCAAUAAUCACAACCCACCCAACAUCCUGCCCGUCUCGGGAAAACUCGAGCAUGCACAGACCAAUGACUCUCUGGUGCGUCCAUCAGCCUUCAAACCUGUGGUGCCCAAGAGCUUUCACUCCAUGCAGAACCUGGUGUGUCCCCUCCAGACCAGCUCCGGGACGGCCGGUCCAGGCAGCGGCGGCGAGAAGGCCGGUCCGAACCAGGACAGUCCCGGGACACACGGCGGCGCGGGCCAGGCCGUACAGGGCAGUCUGUCGGACUCCGGGAGGAACUCUCUGACCAGUCUGCCCACGUACACGGGCUCCAGCCACGGCCCGCCGCCCGCGCUCGGACCCCUCAGUGCCUCCACCAGCCACAUCAACCGGCUGGGCACCGUCGCCCUGGACAAGCCGGGCUACCAGAACGGCCUCAGCACCUCCGACAGCGGCCGCUCCUCCUCAGGCAAGAGCUCCUCCUCGUACCAGCGCCUCAGUCACCUGAGCGACGCUCCCGCGCCCCUGAGACCCUCUCCGUCCUCCGACGACGUGAUCCAGGACCUGGAGGAGCGUCUGUGGGAGAGAGAGCAAGAAGUGAUUCACAUGAGACGUAACCUGGACCAGAGUGAGGCGGCUAUCGUGCAGGUGUUCGAGGACAAGCAGCGCGUGUGGGAGCGUGAGAUGGAGGAGCUGAGGCAGAACUACGCCGGGCGUCUGCAGCAGGUGACCCGACGGGCCCAGCGCACACAGCAGGCCCUGCAGGCGCAGAUCGCCCGUCUGCAGCAGGACAAGCGGCGGCUGCAGGACGAGAUGACGCUGCUGCUCGUUCAGAGAGAGGAGCUGGAGAAGAAGUGCUUGGACUUCAGGAAGGAGCAGGCCGAUAUCCUGCCCAGACUGGAGGAGACCAAGUGGGAGGUGUGUCAGAAGGUGGGUGAGAUCUCUCUGCUGAAGCAGCAGCUGCGGGAUAGUCAGGCCGAGGUGACGCAGCGGUCCGGAGAGAUGGUGGCGCUGCGAGGGCAGCUGAAAGACCUCAACGCUCAGCUGAGAGAGCGAGAGGAGGCCGAGAUCAGCCUCAAAGAGUCCUUCUGCACCAAAACCCUGGAGCUGGAGCGCUGCGAGGCCGAGCUGCAGACCAUGCUGGCCGAGGCUCUGGAGGAGCGCGUGGACAAGCUGGGAGCCCAGAUCGCCUCGCCGUUGCCCCCAGAGCCUCCCGUGUCCGUCUCCAUAUCCCUGAGCUCUCCCACCCCGCCGGCGGAGGAGAAGAAACUGCCGGAGAUGCACCAGCUGGCUCCGCCGUGGCCCGUGCCGACCCGACUGGAGAGGAUCGAGUCGACGGAGAUCUAA